CAAUGAUGUCAAAUGCGUGGUUGCCCUCUCCAGUAUAAAAGAUUUAUGCGACUUUCCCUAGAUGCACCUGCCUGUAAGAAGUCCUGCUCGUCACGAUGAACGUUCUCCUGGGAAGACUUGUGAUCCUUGCAACCUUUGUGACUUUAUGCAAUGCAUCAUGCUAUUUAAUACCCAAUAAGAUAGUUCCAGGAGAGUCAACCAAGGAAUGCACGGAUCUCAAAGGAAACAAACACCCGUUAAACUCAAGCUGGCAGACUGAGAACUGUGAUGCAUGUGAUUGCCUCGAAAAAGAAAUAUCGUGUUGUUCCCUUAUUGCUAUACCUGUGGGAUAUGACAAAGACAACUGCCAGAAAAUCUUCAAGCAAGAGGACUGCAAGUAUAUUGUGGUGGAGAAGAAGGACCCAAAUAACACCUGUGAUGUCACCGAAUGGAUAUCGUAAUGUGCUUCUAGUAGGCACAGGGCUCCCAGGCCAGGCCUCAUUCUCCACUGGCCUGUAAUAGUCUAUGAUGGUGUAGCCUUGCCUAUCAGUAAAAGAUUUUUGAGCAAACACUUGAA